AUGUCCACAACAAUAGGUAUUCUCUCAAUCGGCCAAAUGGGCCUAGGCAUCGCCCAACUUCUCAAAGCACAUCACUACCGCGUGAUCACAAACAUCAGUGCUCGCAGCGACGCAACCAAAUCCCGUGCCGAGUCUGCGGGAAUUGAGCUGUUUGACACAGACGAAGAACUAGUCCGCAGUUGCGACUAUAUCCUUAGUAUCGUGCCACCCCGCGACGCCAUCGCAACAGCAAAACGUGUGGAAGUCGCACUGGCAAACGGACGUGACAGAGGAGGAAAACUACUUUACUACCUGGAUUUAAACGCUAUUAGCCCCUCCACAGUGAAAACAGUGGCAAGAUCAUUUGAGCAGAAUGCACCGGGCUUGCGGUUCGUCGACGGUGGCAUCAUUGGCGGGCCACCAUCGCCAUCAGAAACAGAAACAAAUGGGUGGAAAAGACCUGAUAUUCCCUUAUCAGGUCCGCAUCCUCUUCAUUCAGCACCAGUAUCCGGUACGUAUUUGGCAGAAGUGCUGAAUACACGGUAUCUCGGCGCAGAAAUCGGUACAGCAUCAGGCCUGAAAUGCUGUUUCGCGGCGCUGUCGAAAGGUUUCACGGCGUUGGCUUUGCAAUCUUUUACUACCGCGUCGUCCCUUGGGGUGCUGAACCCGCUACUCGAGUACAUGGACGUAUACAACAUUGGUGCGAGGCAGAGGGCGGAGAGGAGUGUUGUGGGAUGCACGGGGAAAGCGUAUCGUUGGGUGGAGGAGAUGAAUCAGAUUGGAGCGUGUUUUGAAGAGGAAGGUGGGUGGAAGGGCGACGCGAAGGUUUUCAGGGAGAUUGCAAGUGUGUUUCAGGGGUUGGCUGAUGUUGUGGAAAGGGAGGGGAAGGACAAGAUGGGAGAUGUGGAGGGUGUUGUUGGCGUAUUAGGUGAGGGGCUGAGGAAAGAGCGAAUAUAG